AUGGCGCAGUCAGCGAAAGUCGGCACGGCGAAGGCAGCAGGAUCCAAUCGUGCACCGGCUACGCAAAAACGAUCCAGCAGAGGAUCAUCCAGCACUCGUGCCAACGGCGCUAGCGACAGGGAAAGAGUGGAAGCGGCCGUUUAUUUCUUACGCUGCCAGGAGUGGAUAACAAAGAGUUACAUUGAUGAAAUACGCUCGGUGUAUCUCACUCCACUGAUCAACCUCUGCAGCGGCAAGCAGCGAGUGGCCGAGUCACUGAGUAAAUCCGAGCGGACGAAUGACGCAUCAGAUGGCUCAAGGAAAAGUGUAAGCGGCCGUAGCAGCAGCGAUUUGAUUGGCGAAAAGUUACAAAGUGAGUAA